ACACAGGCGCAUGAGCACGCUGGGCGGGCUCACCCGGAGGCCUAACACCGCCAGGGGAGGGGAGGGGAGGGACCGGAAGUUAGACUAUCUCUCUAGGUUGCUAAGAGACCGGGCUGUCCCAAAACAAGCCGGCGAUUCUCCAGCCUCUUUUCCUUUCUGAAUCUGCUUCAGAAUUUCCAAAAGUAGGGUGACCAUGUCGGACGGUGAUAUCUUAAGAAGCACUUUUCCCUCUUACAUGGCAGAGGGGGAGAGGCUUUAUCUGUGCGGGGAGUUCACUAAGGCCAUUCAAAGCUUUACCAACGCUCUUCACCUUCAAAGUGGAGAUAAGAACUGCCUGGUUGCCCGCUCCAAAUGCUACCUGAAGAUGGGAGACUUAGAGAAGUCCUUGAACGAUGCUGAGGCCUCACUUCGGAACGACCCGACUUUCUGCAAGGGGAUCUUACAGAAGGCUGAGACACUGUACACCAUGGGAGACUUUGAGUUUGCCCUGGUGUUCUAUCAUCGAGGCUACAAACUGAGACCUGAUCGGGAAUUCAAAGUAGGAAUUCAGAAGGCCCAGGAAGCCAUCAACAACUCGGUGGGAAGUCCUUCUUCAAUCAAGCUGGAGAACAAAGGCGACCUCUCCUUCUUAAGCAAGCAAGCUGAGAGUAAGAAAGCCCAACAGAAGCAUCUGCCUAUAAAGCAACUCUCGUACAGCACCAAGCAUGAAAUCAAGCGGAAGGGCUCGCUCAAGAGCGAGAAGACCGUGCGGCAGCUGCUCGGGGAGCUGUACGUGGACAAGGAGUAUCUGGAGAAGCUCCUUCUGGAUGAAGAUCUCAUCAAAGGCACCAUCAAGAGUGGCCUGACCGUGGAGGACCUCAUUAUGACUGGCAUCAACUACCUGGACACCCGCAGCAACUUCUGGAGGCAGCAGAAGCCCAUCUAUGCCAGGGAGCGAGACCGGAAGCUGAUGCAAGAGAAGUGGCUGAGGGACCGGAAACGCAGCCCCUCGCAGACAGCCCACUACAUCCUCAAGAGCCUAGAGGACAUUGACAUGUUGUUGACCAGUGGCAGUGCUGAUGGGAGCCUCCAAAAAGCUGAGAAAGUCCUUAAGAAGGUUCUGGAAUGGAACCAAGAGGAGGUACCCAACAAGGACGAGCUGGUCGGGAACUUGUACAGCUGCAUAGGCAACGCCCAGAUUGAGCUGGGGCAGAUGGUGGCUGCCUUGCAGAGCCACCGAAAGGACCUGGAGAUCGCCAAGGAACAUGACCUUCCAGAUGCAAAAUCGAGAGCCCUUGACAAUAUUGGCAGAGUUUUUGCCAGAGUUGGGAAAUUCCAGCAAGCCAUUGACACGUGGGAGGAGAAGAUCCCUCUAGCCAAAACCACCCUGGAGAAGACCUGGCUCUUCCACGAGAUUGGCCGCUGUUACUUGGAGCUGGACCAGGCGUGGCAGGCCCAGAGUUAUGGGGAAAAGUCUCAGCAGUACGCUGAGGAGGAAGGGGACCUCGAGUGGCAGCUGAACGCCAGUGUCCUGGUGGCGCAGGCCCAAGUGAAGCUGAGAGACUUCGAGUCAGCUGUGAAUAACUUUGAGAAGGCCCUGGAGAGAGCCAAGCUGGUCCACAACAACGAGGCGCAGCAGGCCAUCAUCAGCGCCUUGGACGAUGCCAACAAGGGCAUCAUCGAAGAACUUAAGAAAACGAACUACAGGGAGAUACUCAGGGAAAAGGCAGAGAGACAGGACAUCAUGUCACAGAUGGAUUUGCAGGGAGCAUCUGAGAAGGAGCCGCUGCGAGGGCGAGAGGAGCAGGAGAGGGUGGUGAAGCAGUGGGAGAGGGACCAGGAAAGUGAGAGAGAAGCCACGGAUGACGAGCAAGACAGGAAAAGCUCGGGAGGACUCAGCAAAAAACUGUUGGGAGACGGUCACUCGUCAAACCUAGGGAUUAGGAGAGAGUCCAGAGAAAUCUACAGAAGGCUCUCGGACUACUCCAGCCACCUACCCUCAGAGGACGGCAGCCAAAAACAAGAGAAGAAACAAGCAGAAGCAGCCAAAGGGGAGGUCCAAAAGUUGGAGAAGACAAAAGAGGAAUAAUCUAAAGCCCAGGCUACUUAACAACAGAGAAGGGAUGAAGACCGCUCAGUAGGCUCCGAGGUUCAGGCGGACAGUGUUCCCAGGUGUUUUGGAGAGGAAACACUGGGAGACUCACUCCUACAGACCCCCCGCCCCCGUUUCUCCAUUAAAUAUGCGCCUUUAACUUUUAUAGAUCUUGAGUGACACUGUGCUGCCUCCCACCCCUCGUUCUCAGUAGGGACCAAUGGAAGAGAUGAGCAGGGUGGGUGGAGAAGCAGGUGAGUGUCUGAGAGCGCAGAACCCUGAAAGAACAGGAAAGGAAAGCCCCGAGAACCGUUGACUCAGUUUCCCCAGGAUGUACAAGGCUUGGGAGUGGGGUGGAGAUAUACAGAAACCCCAGCUCUGCUGACAUCAUCCAUCUUAUAAAGCCUGUAGGCCUUCAGAGUAGAUUGGAGUAAAAGCUGUGUCUACCGGCAGACUGUCUGGGAGAAGAGUCCCAGAAUGUGCGGCCUCCUCUGUGCAGCCUUAAGCUGCCCUGGGAAUAUUAUGUUCUAGAACAGCACAGAAAUCCCACUGAGAAGGCUGUGACUUCCUAGAGUUAGCGAAUAAACAUCUGGCCUCAAAAGGAUCAGCCUGGGCUGGAGAGAUGGCUCAGUGGUUAACAGCAGUCCUGAGUUCAAUUCCCAGCAACCAUGUGGUGGCUCACAACUGUCUGUAAUGGGAUCUGAUGCCCUCUUCUAGUGGAUCUGAAAACAGCAACAGUGUUCUCAUACACAUAAAAUAAAUAAAUAAAUC